AUGGCACCAGCAGAACCACCCCUUGGUGCACUUGUUGAAGUCCCAGCUGGUCGAGGUUUGGUUCGCUUCUGCGGUGGCACCUCGUUCUCUGCUGGAAGAUGGGUUGGUAUUGAGCUUUUGGAAGCCAACGGGAAGAACGACGGAACAGUGCAAGGCAUCAAAUACUUCACUUGCAAGCCGAACUACGCUCAUCAAACCACCCAGCCAUCUACACUGCGACGGGUUUCAGAACCAUUGCGGGAUCCGGAGCCUGAACUUGAACCCGAGCCUUCGUCUCCAAUUGUUCCGCAGGAGCCUUCACGACCAAGUACACCCGUGCGCGCACAAGACGACCAGGAGGUACAGGAGCUCCGUGCCAAAAUACGUGUACUUGAAGCAAAGCGUGCGGAUGAUGCUCGUCAUGUCCGAGAGCUUGAGACGCGUCUUUCCGAAGCGGAAUCAUUUGUUGCGCUGCGUCCGAAGCUCCAGGCGAAGCUAAGCUCACAGCAGACAGAGCUGAUCACUACCCGACGUGAGCUAGCUGACGCGCAGCAGCUUGCUCAGAUGGCCGAAAGCCGUAUUGUCGAUGCGCAGGAACAGCUUGAGAUGGCCAUGUUAGACAAAGAAAUGGCCGAAGAACGCGCGGAAAUGGCGGAAGCGGAGUUGGAAGAAGUCAAGGAGAAUUUGGCCAUCGUUGAAGUUGAGCUACAAGUGCUCAAGGAAGGAGGAGAGAGGGCCGAAGAAGUCACUGAAACUCCGGUAAAGCAGUCGUUGGCUUACAUCCAACUUGAGAAACAGAACGAACGGCUGAAGGAGGCACUCAUUCGACGGAGCAAGAGCAUGCGGUACUGCUGCCAGAGAGAUCUAGGGCGCAGCAGCGGGGCCGCGCGCGAAGAGCAGUACCGCGAGGAGAACGGGGUGGCGCCGGAUGUAGGCCCGAAAAGCAUUGGAGGACCAGCGACCGGCCGCCUGAAUGAGGGCAGUGGCACCGCCGGAGCGCAGGCUGUGCCCCGCGACGUUGUCGGGAAAAAAAGUCUGCAGGCGGCGCAGGAACCAGGACCGGGUCGGGAGGCUGCCGUCGUGGCAGAUCCACAACUCAGCGCGGAGCGCGAAGCGGGCAUCGCGCAGAGCGAGAUAUCGAGUGAAAGCCGCCACGGUCCCCGGCAGUGCCAGGUCGCGUGUGACCAGGAUGCGACUGCCGUCAAAGAAUGGAUCGGCUUUGUGUGCGGGAAGCAAGAAGCUGUACUGCAGCUCACCAGCGCAUACCACAGUGGUGCGCAGCGUGAGUUUAUGAUGUCUGCGGAGACGCACGGAGUCAGGCCAAACGAGCUCCCCGAGGCGCAUGAGCGCGUGGAAACCAGUGAGGAGUUGCGCAAGAAAGAGGCUGUCGUCAUAGCAUGGGGACGGGGAGAGGGCACUGCACACGGAGUGUACGUCCUCGCACGUCAGGGCGCGUUUACGGGCGAUCGCAGCACCCUGCAGUCGCUUGCAGCCGCGAAGGGUGCGGGUGACCAGACGAGACUUCCGCGCGCCGCGCACCAGGGGGAAAAAGGUUUCGAGUUCGCUGCAGAUACCUGA